AUGCGAAUUCAUGGAGGCAGGAUAGAAGAAAUAACUGUCAUAGAAAAAAUUCUUCGAUCAUUAACAGCAAAAUUUAACUUUGUUGUUUGUGCUAUAGAAGAAUCUAAAGAUAUAGAUGAUUUGUCACUUGAUGAAUUGCAGAGUUCAUUGGUGGUGCAUGAACAGAAGUUCAAACAGGAAGACACAGAUGAGCAAGCAUUAAAGGCUUCUACCGAUACUCGUUCCAACAAUUUUCCAGGAAGGGGUAGAGGUAGAGACAGAGGCAGAGGCAGAGGAAGGUCCACUAAUUUCAGAGCCAAUAAUGAUCAAUUUCAAGGCAGAGGCAGAGGAGGAGCCCCUGAUAAAUCCAAGGAGGAAGGUGAAACCUUAUUGAUGGUUGCUAAAGAUGAAAAGCAAAUUGAGCCAGAUGUUUGGUAUGUGGAUACUGGCUGUAGCAACCACAUGAGUGGUAGUAAGUCUUCUUUCUCUCAUCUGAAUGAAAAUUUUCAAUCUACUGUGAGUUUUGGUGAUCAUUCUACUGUGAAAGUAAUGGGAAAAGGUGACAUUAAAAUAAAAACCAAGAAUGGUUUUGUGGAAACAAUAUCUAAUGUAUUGUAUGUUCCUGAUUUGAAAAGUAAUUUAUUGAGUGCUGGCCAAUUACAAGAAAAGGGUUAUGUGAUCACUAUUAAAAAUGGUGUUUGUGAAAUAUAUGAUUCUGUUAGAGGUGCUAUUGUUGUUAUUCAGAUGAGUUCAAACAGAUUGUUUCCAUUAAAGAUUGAAGGAAUCCAAUCUAGUUGUUUGUGCUAUAGAGGGGACGCACUUCUUUUCUUCAGUCUUCACACAAAUAGAAGAUAA